CCUCAAAACAUAACCGGUGUUGGCCUGAGUGGAAAAUACCUGGAAAAGUGUGUGGCUUUUGUAACACAGAGCAUAACAAAGAGGGAGGGCAGGGGGGAGAGAUCUUCCUCAGCCAGUCACACCCUACUCCGCUUACCCCCCUUCUGCAGUUCCACUCUGUCAGUCCGCCAUGUUGGACUGUGUGGGUGUCACACAGAGACAGCCCGCUGCAACGAGAGACACACAGCAAAACACCGAGAAACACGCCGAAAACUCAAAAUAAACCACACAGCUGGCCACUCUCUUUCUUUAAUACCAAGAAGUGAAACCAUCUGUACCCCGAGAGCGAAGAACCCAAGGAAUGCUAAGUUCUGUAAUGGUUGACCCUACUCUGUAGGAUCCCCUGGCUGGGUGGAAAUGGUCAGGAGCGCUUGGAAGUACCUUUUAAAAAAUAAAUAAAUACUGUGAACAAUUAAGAAAAGUAAAACAAUAAGCGUAUUUAUACACUUCUAUAAAACACCAAAAUGCAGACAUCAUCUAUUCGGCGACAAAUGAAAAAUGUUGUGAAAAAUUACUCGGAGGCAGAAAUCAGGGUACGGGAGGCCACUUCCAAUGACCCCUGGGGGCCUUCCAGUUCACUCAUGACGGAGAUCGCUGACCUCACGUACAACGUGGUGGCCUUCUCGGAGAUCAUGAGCAUGAUCUGGAAGCGACUCAAUGACCACGGCAAGAACUGGAGACACGUCUACAAAGCUCUAACCCUUUUGGACUACCUGAUCAAGACGGGCUCGGAGAGGGUGGCUCAGCAAUGCAAAGAAAACAUCUUUGCCAUCCAGACACUCAAGGACUUUCAGUACAUUGAUCGAGAUGGCAAGGACCAGGGCAUCAAUGUGCGGGAGAAGUCCAAGCAGCUGGUGUCUCUGUUGAAGGACGAUGAGCGGCUGAAGGGGGAGAGGUCUCAAGCACUGAAGACGAAGGAACGUAUGGCUCAGGUGACCACUGCCGUUGGCAGUAACAACCAGCUCUCAUUCGGCCGUGGGUCUAGUCAGCCCAACCUCUCCACAGGCUACUCGGAACAGGAAUAUGGCAAGUCUGGAGGCUCGCCUGCUUCAUAUCAUGGCUCCACAUUGCCACAUGCGUCCUCUGAGCUGGAGCAGGCCCGGCCACAGACCAGUGGGGAGGAGGAGCUCCAGUUACAGCUGGCCUUGGCAAUGAGCAGAGAAGCAGCAGAACAGGAAGACCGUGUGCGUCGAGGGGAUGAUUUGAGGCUGCAGAUGGCACUCGAGGAGAGUCGCAGAAACAGCCUGAAAACAUCUAAAAAGAAGAAAGAGCCGGUGUUGAUGAACUUGAUGGAUGCCUUGUCGACAACCCCUUCCACCCCAAAGUCUGAGCCCUGGGGUGGCCCUGUUGUCGCAGAGAAGCCGGACCCCUGGGGAGGAGGAGCUGCUGCGGCCACCCCUGACCCCUGGCAGUCCUGUGGUUCUAAGCAAGUAGCCUCUGCUGAUCCAUGGGGUGGAACAUCAAACACAGCAUCCCCUCUUAAAGGUGUUGAUCCUUGGGCUCAGAGCUCUGCACCCAAGUCUUCAGGAGACCCGUGGUCUUCAGGGCCAGGUAGCAGAUCUACUGUUUCAUCUGCAGGAAAUGAAAACUUCGAUCCUUUCAGCACACUAAAUGGUACCGCAAGGGAUGACUUUUCUGAAUUUGACAGCCUUCGAACUUCUUCCACAAAGCAAGGUGAUUCUCGUGGAAGUGCUACAGAGCCCUCAAGACCCAGUGGUUCCGUCAGUCCAGACUUGUUCGAUUCCCAGCAGAACAGUUAUGCUUCUGUUAACCAGACCAGCACUGCUCGAAAAACACCUGAGUCUUUCCUUGGUCCUAAUGCAGCUUUGGUCAACCUGGAUUCGCUCAUAUCCAAGCCACUGCAGCAGGCAACUGUCUCUAACCCUUUCUUAGCUCUAGGAGCUUCUGCUCCAGCUCCAGCUCCAGUUCCAGUCACAGCUCCAAUCAACCCUUUCCAGAUAACCCAACCGCAGCCUCCAACAUUAAACCAGAUGCGAGCGAGCCCCAUGAUGGGUAUCAGUCCUCAAGGCUUCAGCACCAUGCCCUCUCUGAGCAUGGAGCCCAUGCCCAUUUCUGCCAUGGCACCACCUGUCUCAAUGAGCAUGGUCCCAAUGCCAGGCAUGCCAGCCAUCGCACCAAUGGGCAGUAUGGUUCCUGGAGUAGAAAUGCACAUGGUGGGAUCAAUGCCCCAGUCAUUUAUCAGUACUGGAAUCCCUCCAGCCACAACCCAGGCAGCUACUACGACUAACCCUUUCUUAUUGUGAAGAAGGUACUGUGAUGACCUUCAACAAACUCGUCAGUCCUCAUCAAAGACAAACACCUCUAUAGUUUUUAGUGGUCUGUUGUGUGUUGAGACUGGUUUUGUGGAGUGGAAUUUGUUUUAUUUAUUGUAUUUGUUUUAAUGACUUUGGAGUAAUUUGGUGUUUACAGUUUUGACUUUUUGGCAGAUGAUCACAUCUGUCACUGGAGGUAGAUACCCUGAAGUGAUUUUUUUCAAUUUUUUAAUUUAAUUUAGUUGGACGCUCAUUCAGAAAUAGUAUUUAGACACAAACUUGGUAAUUACUGUGUGUAAGUGUGCUUUCCUAGUACCCUUAAAUGUAUAGCAGCUCACCAAAAGCCAGCAUAGUAUUUACUAAGGUACCCUCUAACACUUUGCUUUAAUUUCUUCAAAGGUAUAAAGUAAGGAAUCCUACUCCCUUUGUUUUAAAGCAAGGCAUUCACUUAAUUUAAUUUAAUUUUUAAAUUUUAUUGCUUGAGUUUCUACUGAGAGUUUUUAUUACAUGCCUAAGUUUUUAACCUUAGCUAAUGAAAAACGAGUGAAAAGACUGUUCUUUACAAACUGUGUGUUAUCAAUACCCGGUAUAAAGUGUUUAGUGGCACGGUCUGCACUGUUACUGUUGGGACGUUAGUUGUGCGAGACUUUCUAGUUUUGAAAGAUUUGAAACCAAAAUAAAUGGUGGUUUAAUGUAGUAGGGAGGCUUUUCAAGAGGUUUUUUUUUUUUUAAUGGUUUUAUUUGUUAAAUCUGCCAUUGUUUUGGAGUAUACAAUCUGCAAAAUUUGUUUAUUGGGUGAACAUUAAACUAAUCUGGAUUUCCUAGUAAUAUGCAUACCGGUAUAUCUUGUACUCUCUUGCGCACAAUUGUUUUUGUGUGUGACUAUACUGUAGUUUUAUAUAGACCUAAUUAGCCUUUUUAGAUUUUAUUAUUGCUUAGAUUAAUAGAUCUUUGAGUCAUGUCAUUAGAAUUAAAUAUACUUAAAAUCCUUAGUAGCUGUUAACAUAAAGAAAUGUAUUCAUUUUUAUAAAGAAGUAAAAAAGAGUUAAGGGAAAAAAGUCUGUUAACACUAAAAAGGCCUAGCCUUAUACUUGCCAAUUUUCUCAUGUUUUGUUAUAAUUGCAUCACACUUUAUUUAUAUCCAGGUUUCUACAGAAUAUUGAAUUGAUGAAUUUAGUUCUACUGCUUUAAGUGCUAGUUUUUGAUGCUAACAAUGAUACACUGUGUUUAUAUUAAGCCUAAAAUGUACCUGCUCAAAGAUUAUAUGCUGUCCAGAAAUUCUUAUCAAGAAUAUAGUUUUGCUAUAAUCCGUUAUACGUCACCUGUUAUAAAUUUAUAUAUGCAAUGUAUUGGAUUGUACAUAUAUUUACCUGACUGUUUACUAACAACAAAUCAGAUGAUGCCAAACGACGACUUUGUGAUGAAAAUGGUGACACAGUAGUGUAAAAAGUAAACAAUCAGUUGUGACCCAAUAUCCAAUAACAGCCUUUAAAAAAAAAAAAAAAAAAAAAAGGUUUUAGAGACCUUUUUUCUUGGGUAAAGUUAACUUUGUAGAUUAAAAAAAAAGUAAAAAUAAAAACCCAGAGGUUGAGAAACAUUGAAUCUGUUCUAACUGAAUCCUGUAUUUAAUUUAAUUUUUUAAAACAGUGCAAGAAAUAAUACUUAGCAGUGAGAAGUUUAGAGCUGUCUCUUUUUAGGCAUUUCUUGAUGAAUUUAGGUUUUAAUGCUUUUAAACUUUAUCUGAAGUACUGAACAUUUUUGUAUGAACUAUUUCUAUGAGAUAUCUAUUUGGUUACGUCAGUGUUUUUGUAGAAUUUUUCUUUCAUCAGUACUGUGUUUUUUUUUUUUUUUCUAAUGUCAUGUAGGUGUCAGUUAUCACGUCCUUCAUUGGAGUUACAUUAAACAGGGUGUUGUGCUUUCUGAAUCAUACAGACCGUUACCCAGGGUUUAAAAAAAUACUUGUUGGGUAUUUUAUACAACUCCUCAUUCAGGCGCUAAUACCAAGGAAUAUGUUUGCUUAUAGGACUUCACUAUGUAAAUGUUGAAACAUAAACAAAAUAUUGAUCCACAGGGCAUGAUGUUUUGCUUUAAAAAUCAGACAAACAGACUUGUUAAGUUAUAAUUGUUUAGUUACAUUAAUAUGAUGGGUAUGUGCCUCGGUUGCAUUGGCUUAUUUCUAGUAUUUUAGCAUUUAAAUAAACAGUACUUAAAAUUAAAUCAAAGGUAAAAAAAAAAUAAUAAUAAAAAAAAGACAAGUCUAUCUACCACCAGGUGUAUGUAAUGUAUUAAGGUAACUAAUUGAUGACUGUUUCUGUAGUUUGCUUUUACAGCUAAUUUAAAAGUUAAACAUUUUAACAAAAAUUAAUGUUUAUUUGGCACUUUUUUUUUAAGCACAGUUUUUAGGCAACAUCAUUUAUCAUUUAUAUAUAAAAGUAGGGAGAUACAUUGCCGAUUAACCUGAUUGGUCAUUACAAAUAAGACUUUAUUCAUGACUGUUACCAUGAACAUAUGUGUUAUACUGAACUGGUAACCUAGAAUUUGUAUUGUAAAUUAUAUUUGUUUUAAUUUUGGUGGCGGUAUUAUAAAUCAAAAUAUUUGUCCAUUUGAGCUGAUGGCUCAACCGUCGACUGCAGUUUGUGCUACAUGUGUAGUGCUACAAAAAUGACAUAGCAUGGACACACAAAACCUAGAUGAUGUAAAACACUCAGAGUUGUCAGUCGACAAAUGGCACAAUAAGAACAGCACUUUUGAAAUAAGUAUGGCAAUGAUGUUUGUUCUAUUUUUUUUUUUUUUGUAUUACAAAAAACAAAAACCUGUUUUGAAAGUACGUUAUCAAAACAAUGACUAGGCAGAAUAGCAAACAGGCCAUAUGUGUUUCUCUAUUAGACUUCCACUCCUAGUUUGUGUACAACAGUUCCCCCAGCUGGACAUAACAUGGUAGUGUUUAAAGAGGGGCUCAUCAAAUUCUAGUUGUAUUGAGAUGCAGUUUAUUAUGUAUUAUCGACAUUUUACUCAGGCUUUUUUUUUUUUUUUUUUUUUUUUUAAUAUAAAGCUUUAAGCUACAGUUUUGGAUUAGUGUAUACUAAUCUGAUAAGGAUUGUACAAACUGUAGGAUCAAUAGCUUUGAACCAUUUCAGAUAUAUUAUGCAUAUCUGAAAUAUGCAUACUUUAAUUACCAUUGGAAGGAUAGAUAUGUACUGAGCGGAAGAAAAUCAAACAUGUAGAUGCAAUGUUUUUAACUACAUACAAUAACUAGCUCACUUUGUCAUUACUGUCUUUGCUGUAACCAUUUCUAAUGUUUCUCACAUACUGUUCCUAUGUACUAAUGCAAUUAUUGUGGACUAUUAACAUUUUUGAAUAAACAAAUUAAUUUCUUUAUUGUGUCUGUUCACCAAACUGUUUCAUAUUACUGGGAGCAGGCUGCUUUUUUAUGGAUUUGUGCUUGACUUGUUGGCAUUAUUACUGUAAUAUAAUUUAUCAUUUGUACUAUUGUAACAUAUUGUUCUGUAUCUUAUUUCUCUGUGAUGUUUUUUUUUUAGGAAAGUCACAUUAGAAAAAUGUGAUUGUUUUAACAUCUAAACAGCAGCAAAUAAUAAAAGGCCUGUAGCUGGAGUGGUUAAAAAAUAAAUCGUAUUGCUUAA